UCAUCGCACAUACCAGUAUCCUCAACUCUUGCUGUGGCUGCAUGGCCACACAUGGAACCGAGCAUGCUUGAUUCAUCUUACAGUCCUGGACCCGCAUAUCUGACCGGGGCUACAAGGUCACAAACAGACCCACAAGUGCUCGCUUUCAUGGAAAGGAUACAACAUGUGUUAAAUAGCAUGAAGCACACCCAGCAAGCCCAUUUGCAAUAUUUCAGCGAGCUGCUAAGUAAUGCCGACAGUGCAGCUCCGCACCCUCAUGGCCUCCCAGACCUGCCUUUCUCGAAUGUGGCGGAUGUUCUUGCGUAUGAAGAGAAGCUCGAGACAGACAGCAAAGCUCAUGAUCAAAUGAAAAAGCACAUGGCUGUACAAGGGGGAGAUUCGACGAAACAGAAAAGAACAUGUGUACUGCAGUCCCUCCUCAGCUGGAAUGCUGCAGUGGGCUUCAGUUGGUUUGGCACAAAGUGAAAGAAAAUUCUGUGAACUGCACCUCUGCAAGCUGAUGUGCGGCGUGUUGACUAAUGACAUCCGAAACCCGAAUGCGACCCUGAAGGAUGCGGAG